CCGCCGCCUAGUUGUCGCGUCGUUUUCUCUUCCCGGGUCGGGCAGGAGUGGGCCACCCGGCUGGUCAGGUCCUAGACAGAUGAGAAGCUUCGUAUGGAGGCCAUGAUGGUCGCCGCCUGGAAGGAUGCUAAGGCAGCCCGGUUGGCGCCCGAGAAAAUGAAGGAGAAGCUGGUCGAACAGGCCAAAGCCUAUUGGGGUCUCUUUGCCAAGCAUGAGGGCUUGCUCAAGUGUGUUAAGGAGUCGGAUGAGCGGGCUAAGCGGAAGAUCGCCGAGUUGGCGAAGAAGGCCGGGCAGACAGGCCAGCUGGAGGAGGAGAAUGCCCAGCUAAGGGCUGAGCUGGAGAGGGAGUACUCCGACCGGGCUGUUCACGCCGUUGCUUGGGUUGGGCAGGACCCGGAGGCUACCCAGGCACUUCCUGACUAGGAGGUCGGCAUCCGGUUCUUCCAAGUGUCCCAGCAACUGAUUGAUGACAUUGGGAUAUUUGGGUUUGGGACCGGUCAGUACCAAAAGCACUGUGGGCUGUACGGGAUCUUGAGCAACCGGCUACAGGAUUUUGACCCGGUCGUUCAAACUCUUAAUCUCUUUGGUCACGACCGAGCUGUAUCUACCCUGUGUAACGCAUCUCACCAUUCUUUCCACCCAAGUAGGAAAUAAGCCAUCCGGGUGGGUUUUGACAGAGCAUGCCCGGGCUAUGCUUCAAAGUUGAUCAUGUGAGUCAUUUCUUCUUUCACCCGGGUGAACAAGAGCUCUAGUCCUCCGAGUGAGCAAGGCAAUCAAUUCUUUCCCUUCAU